UAAUCAAGCAACCAGCUCCAUCAACGAUGAAAUUGCCAYACGCCGUCUUCGCCGCCCUUCUUCUGUCCCAGGACGCCACGGCCUUCAGCGCUCAUUCCAACCACGGAUCAAAGCCUGCAACGGAAACAUCGUCGUCGUCUCGGGCGGAGUUUCUGAAGAUCGCAUCGGCCGCCGCCUUUGCUUCCGUKGCGGGAGUGGCGGCAUCCCCCGGAACCGCUUCGGCCUUCGAGAUCGGCGGGAAAAUAGUCUACGGGGGAGAGGAAAUCAUGGUCCAGAAGGAGCACGGAACRAGUGCCAAGCCCGUGCAGGAGAAUCUCUUGUACGGAGCCAACAACAAGCUGGCCGACAAGAUCUGCAACUACAAUCGGUGCGUAGGAAAGCGUGGCGCACGGGGAGCAACUGCUGCCGCGUUCUGCUUCGCUCGGUGUUGCAAAAGCAGAUGCAAUGACACGUGCGGGAUGGAUAUACCGUACGGCAUGGCGUGCCACGCUACGAUGCARACGUGAUUUCCCACCGUUAUUUUCGUCUUUCUCACACAAAAAAGCGACUUUGUUUGCCCAUCAUACCCGCCCAACCACUCACGAUCCACCAAAACCGCGCAGCCACUUUGCCGAAAUGGGUGGCUACUUCCAAUCCACGAGCUUUGAAGAACAGGUCAUGGCUUCGAAGGGACCAAUCACGUUUUACGAUUCGGUGACAGGAAAGCCAUUGUUCGUAGCCCCCAUCAAUCGAUCCCCGCAACAGUUUGUCGAAGAAUCCAAGAUCCACGGCUGGUAAGUUACGUUCCACUUCGGUGAUUUAUUUGGGUUUUGGUAUUGGGGUCGUAGUCCUGCACGGCAUACUACCUUGCGUUCGCUCGAUCGUACGGAAAAAGCCUGUGGUUGUGUUCUACAAUUCGWUCGUUUUUCAUCUUCUCACCGGUGAAUUCAUUGGUUUGCAUUCCGAUGUGUUGCGUUGCUUUGCUUUACUUCGCGGUGCAGGCCAUCCUUUCGCGACGAGGAGGUGRUCUGGGAAAACGUACGCGUAUUGAGGAAAUCAGGGGAAACGGUAUCCGCAGACGGCACACACCUCGGGCACAACCUCCCAGACCGCAGCGGAAACAGAUAUUGCAUCAACCUGGUCAGCAUUGCUGGAAAUCCCGUGGCCUGAACGAACUGAAAUACCUGUACUAUAACUAGCAGACGCGCAGGAAGCAAAUCGUUUGUCUGGCAACGGAUAGUAUUCGAUCCGAGGGAUUUGGCAAAGUAGAAUACUAGCACGACAAUCCAGCGCGGGUUUCAAUCGUGCAAAAUCAACACCYGCGGUUUGU